CUCAGGACAUGGGACCUAAAAAACUACACUUCCCAGAAUGCACUGGUAGCAGCAAGGAGGGACCUGACACCUGGUGCUUGACACCUGAUCAGUGAUCACUGAUUGAGAGCACCUGGGAAGGACACGGGGGAGCUCAGCCAGUCUGGCAAACGAUCUUCAGAAGAGAGACACGAGGAAAGAACAAAGAAGAGCCAAGUCCACUCAUGGAUUCAGUCCAAAGACGCCAAUGCAUUCCCCGUCGUCCCUGUUCCUGAUCCAUCCUGGGCUACAGUAGAAGUGCUGCUGGAGAGAUCAGGCCUGCGUGUCGCCUACCACUCGGUCUCCUCCUCUCUGCCUUUCUCCCUCUGCCAUUGGUUAGCACGAGGCAGGCUCCGGGAUGAUGAUGCCUGGAAAGGGAGGAGGAACUGGUCCAGCUCGGAGGAGGCGAGAGGAGGCACCAGGGACCCGGAGUCCGGCUCCUCUGUAGCGGAUCCGCGGAGAGCUACGCGUCGGUAUGAGUGCGCUGACUAAAGGACGUUACCUCUUCAUCCCGGGCCUCCUGCUCCUCGUUUAUUGCACAGCAUCCGUGAUCUCCAAAGGUGCCACAGGCGAUGCUCAGCCGGACGCCCUGCCCUCGGUGCAGGGCACCCUGCCACACUUCAUCCAGGAGCCCGAGGACGCCUACAUCGUCAAAAGCAACCCGAUCAAGCUGCGCUGUCGAGCUGCACCCGCCUUACAGAUCUUCUUCAAAUGCAACGGGGAAUGGGUGCACCAGAACGAGCACUUUUCCCAGGAGUACAAAGAUCUCAACACUGGGCUGAAGGUGCGUGAGGUGAUGAUCAAUGUGUCCCGCCAGCAGGUGGAGGACUUCCACGGCCCUGAGGACUACUGGUGUCUCUGUGUGGCCUGGAGCCACCUGGGCACCUCCAAGAGUCGGAAGGCGACUGUCCGCAUCGCCUACCUGAGGAAAAACUUUGAGCAGGACCCCCAGGGGAAGGAGGUGCCAAUCAACGGGAUGAUCGUUCUGCACUGUCGCCCUCCAGAGGGAGUGCCUGUGGCGGAGGUGGAAUGGCUGAAAAACGAAGAGCUGGUGAGUUCCCUGACUGACGACAACAUCGACACCCGAGCCGACCACAACCUGAUCAUCAACGAGGCGCGCCUGUCCGACUCGGGCAACUACACCUGCCUGGCCAGCAACAUCGUGGCAAAGAGACGCAGCGCCACGGCCACUGUGAUCGUGUUCGUGAACGGCGGCUGGUCCCUGUGGACGGAGUGGUCGCCCUGUAACGUGCCGUGUGGGCGGGGUGUCCAGAAGCGAUCUCGAACCUGUACUAACCCGGCACCUCUGAACGGCGGGGCUUUCUGCGAGGGCAUGUCCGUGCAGAAGAUCACCUGCAAUGCACUCUGCCCAAUCGACGGAGGCUGGGACGAGUGGAGCGAGUGGACGGUGUGCAGCAGCCAGUGUGAUCGGCAGCGGAGUCGGGAAUGUAACUCCCCAGCGCCCAGACACCGAGGCAGGAUGUGCGAAGGGAACAGCGAGGCCUCGGAGAACUGCACAGAUGGACUGUGUACCCAGAAUCGAAAGCUGCUACAUGACGUUAAACCUCAAAGUAUGGACAGCUCCAAUGACGUGGCUCUGUACUCCGGCCUUGGAGCCGGCAUCAUCGCUGUGGCCAUCCUCGUGGUGGCCGUCAUGCUGUACAGGAAGAACCACAGCGAGUACGGCGUGGACGUCAUCGACUCCUCGGCUCUCACCGGGGGAUUCCAGUCCUUCAACUUCAAGACCACCAGACAAGGCAACCCUCUGCUGCUCAACUCCUCCAUGCAGCCUGACCUGACGGUGGGCCGGACGUACAGCACCUCCCUCUGCUUCCAGGACGCCACAGACAAGGAGCUCUUCGACCCCCUCCCCGACAUCAAAGUCAAAGUUCAGAGCUCCUUCAUGGUUUCACUGGGCGUGGCCGAGCGGGCCGAGUUCCACGCCAAAGGUCCCGCCGAGACCUUCCCUCGAGACCUGAGCCGGGACUACUGCGGCACCAUGGACAGGCGGAAGAAGGGCUUGCUCACACUCAAUGGGCCCUUCAGCUCCUGCAAAGAGCAGCUGAGGACCAGCGGCGUUUUUGGCCACCCUGGAGGGCGACUGGUGGUUCCAAACACAGGGGUCAGCCUGCUGGUGCCUCAUGGAGCCGUGGCUGAAAAUAUGUCCUGGGAGAUGUACAUGGUGAUCAAUCAGGGAGAGGCAAGUGUCCAAACACUGGAAGGCUGUGAGAUCCUCCUGGGUCCAGAGGUGACGUACGGUCCUCAAGGCUUGGACCUCUUCUGCCCAGUCGCCAUGACCAUCGCCCACUGCGCCGAAAUGGACGCAGAGAACUGGAACGUCCAGCUGAAGAAGAAAACCCAGGACAACAAAUGGGAGGAGGUGAUGUCGGUGGAGCAAGAGUCCACGUCGUGUUACUGCCUGAUGGACUCGACGAGCUGCCACCUGCUGCUGGACCAGCCGGGCUCGUACGCCCUGGUGGGCGAGCCGCUGACGCAGGCCGCUGUCAAGAGGCUGAAGCUGGCCGUGUUUGGGAGCAUGGAGGCCGGCUCCGUGAGCUACAGCCUGCGGGUGUACUGUGUGGACGACACGCCACACGCCUUUCAGGGAGUGGUGGCUGCAGAGAGGUCCAGAGGGGGUCAGCUCCUGGAGGAGCCAAAGAUGUUGCCUUUCCGAGCGAACACCUUCAGCCUGCAGGUGUCCAUCCAGGAUGUUCCCCAGUUCCUGUGGAGCAUCAAACCCUUUACCACAUGUCAGGAAUUCUCCUUCCCCCAAGUGUGGUGCAGCAACCAGCAGCCCCUGCACUGUGCCUUCUCUCUGGAGAGAUACAGCCCCGCCACCGCCCAGCUCUCCUGCAAGAUCAGCGUGCGUCAGGUCAAAGGCCACGAGCAGAUCCUGCAGGUCUACACGGCCGUGGCCGAGACUGAAAAGGAGUCAGUUCCAUUUUUUAUGCAGACCGACUGCACCAUCACGUCCCAGACGGGGUCCAAGGCCUUCAAAAUCCCCCUGUCCAUCCGCCAGAGGAUCUGUGCCACCUUCGACACUGCCAACGCCAAGGGCAAGGACUGGCAGCUCUUAGCCCAGAAACUCCACUUAGAUCGAAAUCUGGGCUAUUUUGCAAAGCAGCAGAGUCCAUCGGCGGUCAUCCUGAGCCUGUGGGAGGCUCGCCACCAGGACUCUGCUGACCUGGACUCUCUAGCCAGCGCCCUGGAGGAGAUUGGAAAGAUCCACUCCAGAAGCUCCCCUAAGGACCAGGAUGAGCCGGAGACUGACUUCAAUCACAUAGAAGCGGUCAGUCUGAGCGGUCAGACGACAGAGGACUCAGCUCCUGAAUACACCGGCUGAGAGGAGACGCAGCGAGCCAGCACUGACAGACUGAAGCUUAUAUCUGUGAACGUGCACAGCCAGUGAUGGACAACACACCGCGGCGGUGCGCUGGAAGGUCAGCAGGUUGUCGGUGAGUAGACGGUGCCGGCGGUCAACGGGCCGACCAAUCACAACAGCUGGAGGUGAGCCGGCGCCUGCUGUGGCUCUGCCCCUCUCUUUUAAGAAUCUGUCUGAAGAUGGACUGUAAAUCUGUUUCUGCCUUUUCACUCAGUUCUUCAGUUCCUUUUAACUUAUUCCUUUCUUCUUCUUUCUUUACGUUGAUGUACAUUCAUUCCCUUUUGUGUCGGAUAGUUUAUGAAACUGUGUUAGAAGACGAGGGAGUUCUUUUCCCACCAUCUCCCCUCCUUCCCCAGCGGUCCACUCAGUAGCUCCCACCUUCCCUUCCCACCCCAAACUACCCCGACCCUCCCUCCCCUCGCUGUCUCAAAGAAUGAAUGCAGACCUAAAAGCUGCUUUUUUUUUGGUGUCCAAUAUAAUAUUUUCAAAGGGAAGCUACUGAUUGCUUAAAUGUUGUGAUUGUGAAUUUUCAAAUCCAGGUAUCCCAAAACUGACCCAUUUUCACCUCUGAAGAAAAUAAGUCUAUGGGAAGUUUGGCACUUCAUGAUCGUUUAGAUAAAAAAUUAUCUGCAAAAAACCGGCAUCAGCCCCGGUCUAGCUCUGAAGGACCGCUCAGCACACACAUUAUUAGAGAGAACUGGCGUCAUGUGGCAGAGAGAGAUUUCAAACCGUCACAUUUCUCUUCAUUCCAGCUUCCUCCACCGCCUGAUAGACGCAGGAAGCUGUAAAACAUCAUUUCCUGUCACUGCAGGGAGCGUCUUAUCACCCAUUUCCUGCCAUUAACACCCGUCACAGAGACUUCAUAUCAGGCCCCGACACACCCGACUGCCCCACCAACCCCCCACCCCCACCCCCAGCACACACAUGCACACAUGCACACAUGCACACUGACACGUCACUGCAGAGGUCACGUGCACGUGGGACUGUCUGUAUGCUUACUGUUCAACAAACAAUGUGGGGAUCCUGAUGGUGUCUGAAAUCCAACACAGUCACACAUCAUCUGAGGGAAGCAGCAGUUUACAUCAGUGUGUCUGAGUCUUUACUGAAAUGAUGUAGAACCAAAAACUACUUUUAAUCAGAGGAAUUCCCUCUACAGCAUCAGAAGUGUUUAAGUUGUUCCAACUCGUAUUUUCACUUUAUUUAAAAGGCAUUCUGAAGUAUUAUGUGCGUAAUUAUCGCAGUUAUGAACACGAGUUUUUGAGGUGGCAAACAUAAAAAAUAAAUAAAUUGCUCCAGUUAGACUUCCUCAGUAGUUUAUGGCUUUUUGUUUUUUUGUUCAUGCAGUAGAUUUCAAAUGAUCCAAUCUUUCAACAGCAAAAGGUUUUCUGAUUAACUUUUACUUCUGAGCUGCAGCUGUGUAUUUGAAUGCUUAAUAAAUCAAUCUUGAAAACAACAAAUUUGAGUUUAAAUGACACACAAUGUCAUGCUGAUGCAGUUACCUAUGUUCUGUCGAUCGAGCUCAGAUCGGACAGAAGGGAACAUCUCUAUGGGCGAUUGAAAGGAUGACCAGCAACAUGUUGCCGUGGCUCAACUGUUACUGUUUCAUACCUGUCGACUAGUCAGUAAAAUUUAGAAAUACACGAGACGUCAUGAAACUUAUCGAUGAUGUGGAUCAACCCGUUGGUAGCGGAGACAUUGGGAGUGGUGAUGGAAGCUCCGCCAACAACUGUGACCUUGCCACUCGUGGAAACAGGAAGUGAUGACAGCAGUGAUGUCACAGAGGAAGUCAGACGGUAGAAGAAGAACCUCUGGGGUGGUUCCAGGACGUGGAGUCUUGUGGGUUGUGGGGAGGGCCUCUGUGGAUGAGGCUUGUUCUGACGCAUCCUAUGGAUCCUUGAUGAGGGCUAGUGGUUGAUAUCUAUCCGAGAGCAAAAAUGACUUUAAAAAGAGUGAGUUGAAGUGUUCUCCUUUCAGAUUAGUCCAAGAUGAAAGCCAUGGAUUUUAUUCAUGUCUUGUUCUCUAUGAGUGGAGAAAACAGCUCAUGUGACGUCUUCUAAGAGCAGACUGCAUUUUAAAAUUUAAAGACCUAAGUCCAUCAUUUUCUUAUAGAGGAUUGAAGGUAAAAUCAUGAUUGUGAUGAGUUAUUAUUUUAUUCUGUAGCCCUGAUUCAGCACUAGUCUUCUGGUUCAGUAUCUUCCUGCAGUCUGAUCAUCAGCUGGAUCUCAGUGGGACUUCUUCUUCUCUGCAUCCUCUUUCCUCAGUGUUGGUUGAGGAACGUCCAGCAGCUAAACAUCUCAUUCUACACAUCAGGAACAGACUGACAGAGACAGAGGAAGUUAAAUUAUACUUUCCACCACUAUGAUGUAUGAUGUAACUGCUGAGUCACAUCCAAUCACAAGAGGAGGAUUAGCAAAGUGCUGCUUUGUGAUAGGAGGAGCUCUGACAGCCAAUCAGAUCGACUCUUUGAUGAAACCACAUCAGUUCAGACAUACAGGACAGAAAGUGAACCUAAAGUAUCGAUCUCGUUGCAUCGUUCAACAUCAGUACCGAUGCUGGGAUCCAUAUUAUCGAUAUCUGGAUCGAUCCGCCCACCUCUAGCUGUUCGGGUUGUUGUGUCAACACUGUGGGAUCUCUGACGUGUUCCUCCAGUCAUUUCUGACCAGGUGUUUGUAGUGUGGCAGGAUGUGUCUUCCUGCUGAUGGAGAGGGCUGUGAUUGGUCUACAGCAGUGUUUAGGUAACUGUUGAUCCUCGAUGAGGAUGAUCAUCACCUGUGGCUGAUCUGAAUAUUGUGGCUCAUCGGUGUGAAGAGGUGGACAUGUCUGAGUUUCAUAGAAACCAAUCACACCUCUGCAGCUUCAUUCUAAGGUGCUGGGUGGCGUUCUGUUCAGUCCUUUCACAUUACCCGAAUGUUUGGGGGAAAAGCUGUUGUUUGGACUUUUUCUGCCAAAAAUGAAAUGAAAAUGUUUGUCUGUGAUAAGAACAUGUGUAUAAAUAGACCUCAUAUAUCCAGCAGGCAGAGCAGCAGUGGCUUUACUAAACUGUUGGAACCAUGUUGUCAUUCCAGGCACACAGUAGAGCUCAAAUACACAAUGCAGCCAGUUCCUUUAGAACCGACUCAAAGGUUUAAUUACAUUUAUAACAGGUCUAUUUUAACAUUCUAAAUUCUGGUUGUGUGUUAUUCUUUUGAAAAUCCCCUCAGGUGAAAACCAGGUUUGUUUUUAACCUUGUGAGCAUCUCCACAUUGUGUUUCUACACUCCAGAAGACAUGCCGAGAGCUAAAUAAGCAGUCAACAUAAUGGUCAUCUUAAAACAGCAGCAACAACAGUCUCAGCAACAUGAACUCAGACUUCCAGGGUUUCAUCCAGAACAAACCUGAGGAACCAUCCUUUCUGUUGCAGAGUGUGGCUCUCUAGAUCUUUAUUCUUCCUCAGAUUAGUUCUGGUUUCAAACAUUUACGGCUCCAUUAUUAAACCUUUGUGUGACCGGAGCAGUAAAAUCACAGCAUAAUAACUUAUAAAUAACCACAACUCCUGAUGGUUCCUUUGGUUUAGUACAUUCUGAAAACGUUCACAAUUAAUGAAUUAUCUUUUUAUAAAACAUCAUGAACAAACUGAACUUUCUGAAGAAAAAUAAGUUCAAUUUCAGCAACAUUCAGCCUCAGUUUAUCAUUUCCACAUUACAACUUCCAGAUCACAGAGUGUCUACAAAGGAACACAACAUUUAGUCAUCUGGAACUGAACCAUAGAGGAUUUACUGGAGGAACAAAACAACUUGUCAAGAUCUAGAAAUUAGUUUAAACUUAUGGUUAAUGUCUUCUGUGUAAUUUUUACACUUUAAGGGCCGGAUUGGACCCUCUGGAGGGCUGGCUUUGGCCCACAGGCCGCGUGUUUAACACCCCUGUUUUAGAGGAAACAACUAAAUAGAGUUACAGCUAAGAUAUUUAAGGCAGGAAGGGAUUGAUUUGACCAAAAGAAAUUCUCCUGAGUGUGACUUUAGAUCAUAUUGAUAAAAAAAGAAGCCAUUAUUAUUGGCUGUAAUGUUUUAUUAAUGACUACAGACUGUCCUCCAGUCCACCCACAGAAACACAACACUGAAAUGAAUUCAUUUUAAUGGUGCAGAAUGAAUAAAAAAAACACUGAAAGCUCUACACAGACAUAAAUGAAUGCCUGUUUCCAUCCAGUGCUCUCGUGAACAUUAGGAUCGGGUUUGAUUCUCUAAUCAGUGCACGACACCACGUGAACGAGAUCCAGAUGAACCACAAAGACAAUAAGAAGAUGUUCAAAGCAUGAUGGGAAAAUGUCAUUUAUUCCAUGCUUUACUUUGAGGAAGGUUAUAGUUCAUUCAGAUCUGAUGUUUUCAUACGUUCUCCAUCUAUUCACAGCUUUCACUUAUUUAAAUCCUCAACAUGCAGUUCUGUGGAUUGACCAUUUGGGGUAUUUCUCAAUCCCACAAUACCUCACAACAUGGAAGUAGUCAUAACUGCACAAUAUCAGGAGAUAAGUGGAGACAUUCAGUAUGAGGAAGGUGGUGCUAGUGGAAGCAUGGACCUGAAGGUAUUUUCACUUUUACAGCCUCCCUGUUGAGCUGUAGCUCCCAGCCAUCCUCUGCUUCAUCCACACCAGUCUUACACACCUCUGCUGCAUUACAAGUUAAAAGCAGUGAAGUAGAAAGAACACUGUUGGGCACAUUAAGAGUAUCAGAGACCAUCUCUUCACGUCGGUACAGUAAAUGAUCUGCAUCAUGAACUUUGCUGUAAGGUAAAUAAACUCAGCCUAUGACUAUUAUUUCUGGUUUUCUGUUGGCUGUUUUUUAUGAUAAAGGGAGAUAGAUGUAUUUUCAGUGUUCCGCAGUGGUACAUCAGGAUUUAAAGCGACACUGAAUCCAUCCCAGAGUAUUUCUGACCUGAUACUGUAUCUAUGAACUUCAUCCUGCCACGAUAAUGAACUGUUUUUGCUUUUCUGCAUCGUCUCUAUGCAUCUCUAAACUAGUUAAAAUUCAUCUUUGAUGUGAUUUAAGCUGGUAAGUGAAGACUGUGAACUGGAAUCUUUCAAUUUUUUUUCUCUUUAAUUGUGACUAACUGGAUUUUCCUUUUCCUUAUUGCAAGCAAAGAGUGUGACAAUGGAACUGUGUGCUUCUGUAACGCUUAGCGGUGGCUUCUGUUGCAUCCAGAGCAUCCUGUCUGUGUGCUUCACCCAUCACACCCAUCACUCACCUCCAUCCUGGAUGCGUUCAGCUCUGUCUGCUUGAUCCCAUCAGCGUGUUCAAAUGAAGUUCUUUUAAUAGUGAGCUCACACACACUCACACACACACACUCUCUCACUAUGUAUAAUGCUUUGGUGUCAGACUAACCCUGGUUCAUGAGAUAAAAGGUUCACUGUUGGCCUUCUGUCCCUGCGUUGGUCGGCCUCAUGCUCUUUCUGCUUCACGCAUGGCCUUGGGCUUCAUAUCACUAUUCUUGUGCCUUGUUUAACUACUGUAAAUGGUGAAUGUUGUAAAGUACAGAUGGGGAUGAAAAAAGAACAAUUAAUCAUACUGACAUACAUUUAAAGGUAUUAGUUGAAAAAGUAUUUAAGAUUAUAAUAUUGACUAGGCUGCAGAGCUUUUCUAGUGCUGAACAUCUCUGUUUGGUAACGCCAGGGCAGCUUUGUGGUAUAUUGUAUCUAUAAUUAUGGACAUUUUGGAUGUUUUCUGUACAGUAGAAUUUGCAAAUGUAUAUGCAGCCUUUUUGGAAAUAAAUGUACAGUUGAAAGAUCA